GUAAGGUGUCACCGUAUGCAUAAUAAGACAUAACGUCAGCCUUAACCUCACUGAUCAAUCAUAAUCAAUGCUGUAGAGAAUGUUUGUUGAAGUGAGUUAAAGAUCACUGUCGAACUUCUUUCUCAAGUGUUUGAGAGGCUUCUAUGUGAAAUGGUUUUGAACAUUUUUGUAAAUGUCUCCAGUAUCAAAUUUAAUUAAAACAGCGUUGACUCGUGCGCAAGAUUGAAAAUGAUGACGUUUAUGUUACAUCAGCUUCGCAUGAAUGCACCUUACUUAUUCCCUGUAUGAUAACUUGUUGCUGUGAUGAGGUGCUGCUUUGCUGUAAUUUGUUUACAUAACCUCGUCAUCGUGAAAAUAGGCUGUUCUAAUGGGAAUUUUGAACAAUGUUUCUCAUUUUUAGUGUUUUUGUAGUGCAUGUUGUGUUCUUAGUAUCUGUGUUUGACAUAUAUUUCAAGUCGCCAAUAGUUCACGGAAUGACACCACAGUCAAGCCCUCUGGAACCUCCUGCACGCAGACUUGUUCUCAUGGUGGCUGAUGGGUUACGCGCCGAUUUCUUCUUUGAAGCAGAUGAUUUAAAAAAUAAAAGGAAUGCCCCUCAUUUAAGGUCUAUAAUUGAGGAGAGGGGAGUUUGGGGUGUGUCUCAUACCAGAGUACCAACCGAAUCACGGCCUGGACAUGUUGCAUUAAUUGCUGGGUUGUAUGAAGACCCAUCUGCUGUAGCAAAGGGUUGGAAAGAAAAUCCAGUGGAAUUUGACUCUGUUUUCAAUGAAAGUCGAUACACCUGGUCCUGGGGAAGUCCUGACAUACUUCCCAUGUUUGCUAAAGGAGCAAGUGGAAAUCAUGUUUAUAUAGACACAUAUGAACCAGAAGUUGAAGAUUUUGGUGGGAGAUUAUCCACAUCAAGGCUUGAUACAUGGGUGUUUAGGAAAGUGGAGGAAUUUCUGAAUUAUGCUAAAACAGAUGCAGCUCUUAAUGAAAAACUUCAUCAAGAUAGAAUUGUAUUUUUCCUGCACCUACUUGGUCUGGAUACAGCUGGUCAUACACAUAAACCCCAUUCAGUAGAAUACAAGGAGAACAUAAAAAUUGUUGAUGCAGGCAUUAAGAAAAUUGAGGAGAUUAUUGAAGAGUUUUAUCACUAUGACAAGAAAACAGCAUACGUUUUUACAGCUGAUCAUGGUAUGACAGACUGGGGUUCUCAUGGAGCAGGUGAUAGGAGUGAAACAGAGACACCCUUGGUUGCCUGGGGUGCAGGUGUGAGAGAACCCCGACCGAGCACAGGCAGCAAUCCACCCAGUCCGGCCUCAUGGGGGUUGGGACAUUUGACUCGCAGUGAUGUGAAUCAAGCAGAUGUUGCACCACUAAUGGCAAGCCUAAUUGGAGUUCCUGUGCCUGUCAAUUCUGUGGGAAUUCUUCCACGAGAUUACCUUGGUGUAACAGAACAUAAGCUAUCAGAGUUAAUGUUUUCCAAUGCUCGUCAAAUGGCAGCACAGUACAAUAAAAAGCGAGAACUGGCAAAAGCUGGUGCUUUAUCAUGGAUUUAUAGAGAAUUCUCAUUGCUAAGCGAAAAUAAGGAGACUGAAUUGAUGGAUCAAAUACAUUCUCAUAUUUCAGCUAAAAGGUACAUUGAAUCGAUUGCUGUAAGUGAAAAACUAAUAUCUUUGAGUCUUUUAGGAUUAGAAUAUUACCAAAACUACUAUCAACAUUUUCUUCUGAGUUGCAUAACUAUUGCAUUUCUUGGUUGGAUUGCCUGGCUUCUGCUGUCCCUAGUUGAUGACAUGAACUUUCACAGAAAGAACUCAUUACUUCUUGAUGUUCAACACGAAGCAUCGAAGGAUAAAAAAAUGUUGAAUUUGAUACGUUCUAGAAUAUGUGCAGGGGGCCGCUGGGUUAAUAUUACCUUCAUGUUCUUAGUCAUUCUGACAGUGAUGCUGAUUUUCUUACAAAUGCUGUCUCGUCAGUUCUAUAUAUAUUGUCUACUUCCUGAGUUAAUCUGGUGGGCCGUGGCUCGUCACUGGGCUGCCCUCAGAGCAUCCAUGUUUCAUGUCAGGGAUUUAAUGGGUUUGAGAAGAUUAUUGAUGCUCUUCAUCUUCCAUGUUAUAGGCAUUGAAAUACUUGUUGUGUCUUUCUUCUACCGCUAUUUUCUGAGUAUUGGGAUGCUGGGUCUGGCGGCAUGGCCUGUUAUCUUUCCACUAGACCAGUCAGUGCAGUUUCCACUUCUUGCAGGCUGGGUGAGCUCCUGUUUGUUCCUUGCAGUGUUCCCUCUGCUCCCUGUUGUAGGAAGGGAGCCCAACACACAACUUGUAGCUUUAUCAGGUUGGCUGUUCCUGAUACUAGUUGCAUACUGUGCCUGGAGACUUGAGACAUGUGCUGUUGAUAGUAAGGAUAGAUUCCACUCCUGCUGUGUUGUAGCAGUCCAGCUUGUUAUGCUGCCAACUGCAAUAUGGGACUUAGUCAGUACUGCAGAAAAUAUUAAGAACAAGCAAGGACUUCCUGGGGUCAACCAGUUUGUUUCUUGGUCACUGCUCGGAAUAUCUUUAUGCCUGCCACUCCUGAGCUCACAGCGGGUUCUGGCACGUCUGCACAGUGUUGCUAUGUCUCUCGUUGCCUCAUUCCUUCUUCUGUCAGCCAGCCAUGAGGUUCUGUUCAUUCUAGCCCUUAUUCUCAACAUGUUCUGCUGGCUUCUUCUUGAGCUGCACAGUGCAGACUCAUCAAAGAAUAAGCUUCUUGACCUCAAAUUCAGUGCUGCAACUUACAAUGUUUUUGAACGUUCUCUGUCAUCCGUGGACUUCCGACGAGCAUAUUUCUUUUUAUUCUACAUUAUUGUCUCAUUCUUUGGGACUGGCAACAUUGCAAGCAUCAAUUCAUUUGAUCCAACUUGGGUGCACUGUUUUGUGACAGUUUUUUCUCCGUUUGUCAUGACACUGCUGAUCAUGUGGAAGAUCAUGAUACCAUUUCUGGCUGUGACUUGUACCUUUCGUGCUCUCAACAUAAUUGUGCAGGUAAAUGGGUCACUGUUUAAAUAGAUAUUAACACUGAAAAGUAAUUUGCUAUAGGAAAACCACAAGGAUAAAUUUGUUUUUUUUUAAGUGUCUGUUUAUAGUAUAUACAUACA